CAUCCGUCGCGUCACGAAUUAAUCAAUCAAAACAUUUUAUUGCAUGAUUUGCCGCGCGAAUCCUUGCAUGACGCAUUGGUUAAGUUACUCGACAUUUUAGAGGUAGAAACUAGAGACAAAAUCAGAGAUAGAAUUGUCAACUUUAACGUGACGCGCUCAGUUAGUGGGAACACACCCUAAAUACAAGCACGCGUCAGUCGCAUCAUACGUUUCUACGCGAUCGUUUUAUUAUUGCAUCAGCAGGUGCAAUGUUCAGCUUCUUUGAGACGGUUCGCUUUGACCAGAGUGAUUCGUGUAGCAUGUGAAUUACAUUCGGAAAAUGGCUGAGUCCGAGCAAAGAGGUAAAGACGGUUGUAACACGGCGGCAUCAAAAGAGACAAUGGUAAAACAAGAGAAGCGUGAUAGUACACUGACGAAUGGCGGGAAGGGCUCCGGCGAUGACGCGGACAGCCUCGAGGAGUUACCGCUUGACAUAGGCGAGCAUUAUCUCGUCCGCAGAUCGGACGAUUCCUGGCAUCCUGCUGAAAUUAUUCAAACACGUUAUAACGAAAAUGAGAGCCAUUAUGAAUAUUAUGUUCACUAUGACGGGCAUAACAGAAGAUUGGACGAAUGGGUACCUCGCGACAGAAUUAUGUCUAGCAGAUUUGAUAUGAGUGAAAUAGAGCGGCAUGAUAGGAAUUCUGGAACUGAUUUAUUAGCAGAUUCUUCUGAUCGCAAAAUCACCAGAAAUCAAAAGAGACGCCAUGAUGAGAUUAAUCAUGUACAAAAGACCUAUGCAGAGAUGGAUCCUACUACAGCUGCAUUAGAAAAGGAACAUGAAGCUAUAACAAAAGUGAAGUACAUAGAUAGAAUACAGAUCGGUAAAUAUGAGAUUGACACUUGGUAUUUCAGUCCAUAUCCAGAGGAAUACGGUAAACAACCGAAACUCUGGAUCUGUGAAUAUUGCUUGAAGUAUAUGCGUCUCGAGAAAACGUACAGAUAUCAUAUGAGUGAAUGUACUCAUAGACAGCCAGUUGGGAAGGAAAUUUAUCGAAAGGGAACACUGAGUAUUUGGGAAGUAGAUGGCAGAGAGCAUAAGAUUUAUUGUCAGAAUCUGUGUUUGUUAGCAAAACUAUUUUUGGAUCACAAAACCCUUUACUUCGAUGUAGAGCCAUUUCUUUUUUAUAUUUUAUGUGAGGUGGACAAGCAUGGUGCACAUUUAGUUGGCUAUUUUUCAAAGGAAAAAGAAUCACCCGACGGUAAUAAUGUUGCAUGUAUUUUAACUUUACCACCUUUUCAAAGACAAGGCUAUGGCAAAUUGCUGAUAGCUUUUAGCUAUGAAUUAAGUAGAAUUGAACAAACGGUUGGAAGUCCUGAAAAACCUUUAAGCGAUUUAGGAAAGUUAUCUUAUCGCAGUUAUUGGAGUUGGAUUCUACUGGAAAUCCUUCGAGAUUUUAGAGGGACCCUUAGUAUUAAAGAUCUUAGUCAAAUGACCAGCAUCUCGCAAACAGAUAUUAUUUCAACGUUACAAAGUAUGAAUAUGGUUAAAUACUGGAAAGGGCAGCACGUUAUCUGCGUCACACCCAAAUUAGUGGAAGAACAUAUAAAAAGCAGCCAAUAUAAAAGACCGCGUCUGACAGUCGAUAGCAGCGCAUUGAGAUGGGGAGCACCGCCUCGGAAGAAUGUAAAACCCGGUAAAAAAUAGCGUUUAGACGGACUGAUGUAAUAAUUUUUUUUAUAAUGAUUAUUUAAUAUAAUUUGAUAUAUAUUAUUUUUCAAAGCUGUAUCUAAUUAUAUUUACGAUGUAACGUUUUAUAAAUUUGUUAGCCAUUUCGUAAUACAUUCACAAAGUAAUUAAUUAAUAAACAAUAAAAUGCUCGAUAUAA